AUGUCCGAAGAGAAGCGCAUCUUGUGCGUGGGUAUGUGUGUCUUGGACAUAAUUCAUGUAUGUGCAGAAUAUCCGAAGGAGGACACAGAUAGACGUUGCCAAAGCGGUUAUUGGCAGAGGGGUGGUAAUGCCUCCAAUAAUUCCACGGUGCUACGUAAAUUAGGGGCACCCUGCGAAUUUCUGGGAAUGAUAAGUACUUCGCCAGCAUUUGCCUUCCUCUAUGAAGAUUGCCGUCGCCGGAAUAUCAGCAUAGAAAACUGUCCAACCACAGAUAUGGAUCCACCAUUUUCAAGUAUAAUAUUGGUCAAGAGUAAAGGUACCCGAACCAUAGUACAUUCAAAUCCCGGCUUUCCGAUUUUAACCUUUGAUGAUUUUAAGAAAAUCAAUUUGUCCAACUACACCUGGAUACAUUUUGAGGGUCGUAAUGUUGUGGAGACACGACAAAUGACCGUGAGGAUUCAGGAGUAUAAUCAGGGGGUAGAGGAGACUGGUGACCGGAUACAAAUUUCCGUAGAGUUGGAAAAAUUAAAUCGUGAUCUUUUUGAAUUAACCUGCGGAGUUGAUGUGGUAUUCGUAUCCAAAGAUAUUGCGGAGCAUAUGGGUUGGCAUACGGCCAAGGAGGCGGUGUGGGGUGCCAUGGAGAUUAUUCGUGAUAUGCAGGAAAAAUUGGAAGGAGGUUCGAACGUCCCUUUGCCCAAUAUCAUCUGCCCUUGGGGUUCGGUGUCUACUGAUUGUUUAAGUUCCGCGGGAGAAUAUGCGUCUGUGCCGGCUUGCCAUGUAAAUGAAGUAAUCGAUUCGUUGGGUGCUGGUGACACCUUUUUGGCUGCCUGCAUUUAUGCCCUACAGUAUCUGAAGCGAUCGCUAAGGCAAGCUGUUGAAUAUGCCAAUCAAGCGGCAGCAUUUAAAAUUCAGCAUCGAGGCUAUGAUGACCUCGAAACGUUUGAGUAUCAAGAAUGA